CUAAACAGUAAGUGCAUCAACUUGUCUGCAUGUCCAGGACACCAUUGUUAUGCGCUGAGUUGAUACAUCAAGAUGCCAUACAUCUGGAUUCUAUCUAUCACACUACAUCCCCUCAAAAUACUCUACUGGAGGACUUUACUCUACAGCUUUCGCUUGGGAUCUAGUCGAUUUCUUCCAGGCGAUGUGAAUGAGAAUUCUUUCAGGUCACAUCAUCUGUUACCCGAACAUGGAAAUAGCAGGUUGUGUACCUGCUUCGAAGAAUUUGAGAUGCAAUGUUGCACAUGUUUGCAGAAUUGCGACUUCCCUGACAAGCAAGAAAUGCUAGAGUGCUAGAGUAUAGUAAGCGUCCAAGCACCUCACCUUUGUCAAAGAGAAAGAACUGCUCAAAUUUCCCCCGUCAUCUAUUGCCCCACAAUCAUCACGACUAUGGAGUCUAUUCCCACCGAGACCAAGCGAUGGAUCAUCAACAAAUUGAACAAGGAGAAAGGCUUGCCGUUCAAAGAACUCGCGACGCCUCCCGGAGGCCACAGCUUCUGGGACGAAUGGGCAACGGAGAUUGACGAGUCGCUGCCCGAGGGCCUCAUCUCGCGACUUCUUGACGCUACACCGCCGGACAUAGCGUCCUCAUCCUCACCACUAUCUCCGCCGCCGCCACCCGCAUCAUCUCCCACCGCGCAAACAAACACGAAGAAGCGCAAGAAGAAGAAGAAGUCCAAGAGUCAGAAGAAAAAGGAGAUGAAGCAGCGUGCCCUCCCCGCCAAAGCAACACGGGCCGCAGUAGCGCGCGGUGAAGUGUCACCACUUCAAUUGAAAAAGUUUUUUGGCAAUGAUGGACGGGCAGAAGAGAGGAUUGAGAGAAUCGGAGAGGAUUUGGCGCGCGGUCGCGAGCGGCCGGUGUUUGAGCGCUGAGGGAUUUUCGAGGCGGUCGAGUCGAGAGAUCGAUCCCUUUUUGCAGUGUCUGGGCCCUGUAACUGGGCUGGGAUUUGAUAGGCCGUUGACG